GUUAGAGAACAACCAACUUCUCAUCAUCUGAUAUAAGUAGAAACUUUCCUACUUUGUUCCUCCAUUCAUCCCAUUGAUAGCUAGCUAGCCUUCUUCUCUCCAGUCCUCAGCAUGGGACGUUUUGUGUUUUUGCAAGCUUGUGCUUUAGCUCUUUUAGCAUCUUCUCUGGCUUCUGCUGCAAUAGUAGAACAUUCAUUCAAUGUGCAAAACCUCACUGUUCGGCGGCUAUGCAAUGAGCAAGUGAUAACUGCCGUGAAUGGAAGCCUCCCUGGUCCGACAAUACGUGUUCGAGAGGGUGAUACCCUUGUCGUCCACGUAUUCAAUAAGUCACCCUAUAACAUUACUAUUCACUGGCAUGGUGUAUUUCAAUUACUAAGCGGUUGGGCUGACGGGCCAGAAUAUGUCACUCAGUGCCCUAUACGUCCUGGAAACAGCUAUACUUACAAAUUUAAAAUCACCGGCCAAGAGGGCACCCUUUGGUGGCAUGCUCACUCAUCCUGGCUCCGUGCAACCGUCCACGGCGCACUCAUCAUCCACCCCAGAGCCGGUCAUUCCUACCCGUUCCCUAAAGCCUACAAAGAAGUUCCCAUCUUGUUUGGAGAGUGGUGGAAUGCUAAUGUCGUUGAUGUUGAGAACGAGGGGCUCGCUACCGGUGCUGCUCCCAACAUUUCCGACGCUUUCACAAUAAAUGGAAAGCCCGGCGAUCUUUAUCAAUGCUCUCAAAAUGACACAUAUAAGCUGAAGGUUGUGCAAGGAAAGACCUACAAGCUACGUAUAAUCAACGCUGCACUCAAUAACCAGCUCUUCUUCAAGAUAGCCAAUCACAAUAUGACAGUUGUCGCUAUAGACGCCUCGUACGCUAAACCGUAUGUCACCGACGUAAUUGUGGUGGCUCCCGGCCAAACCACCGACGUCCUUCUCGCUGCCAACCAGCCGGUGGGGUCUUACUACAUGGCCGCAAGGCCGUACCUUAGCGCUCCAGGCGUGCCGGCCGAUAACACGACCACAAGGGGCAUCGUCGUCUACGAGGGCUCCACGUCAACUACUCCCCUCAUGCCUGUCCUGCCGGCUUUGAACGACACCCCCACCGCCAACAAAUUCUACACCAAUCUUACCGGUCUUGCGGGGGGGCCCCACUGGUUCCCGGUGCCGAAUCAAGUGGACGAGCAUAUGUUCGUCACCAUCGGUGUCAACCUCGCGCCGUGCGGAGGGAACGCCACGUGUGGAGGUCCUUUAGGGCAGCGAGCCUCUGCGAGCAUGAACAACGAAUCGUUCGUGCUCCCGAGCAACAGCAGUCUGUCUAUGCUGCAAGCGUUCUUUCUCAACGUGGAUGGGGUCUACACCACUGAUUUCCCCAGCGUGCCUCCGGUGAAGUUUGACUACACCAACCCCAACAUCAGCCUUGACCAAUCACUGCUAUUUGCGCCAAAAGGAACCAAAGUGAAGAAAUUUAAGUAUAAUUCAACGGUGGAGAUGGUCUUGCAGAACACGGCAUUAUUGGCUGUGGAAAAUCAUCCUAUACACCUUCACGGCUUCAAUUUCCACGUGUUGGCUCAAGGGUUUGGGAAUUAUGACGCCGUUAAUGACUCCAAAAAGUUCAACUUCAUUAAUCCACAGACCCGUAAUACAAUUGCCGUUCCUGUCGGAGGAUGGGCCGUCAUUAGAUUCCAAUUAAAUAAUCCAGGUAUGUGGCUAUUACAUUGCCAUCUGGAUGUGCACUUGCCAUGGGGGCUGGCCACGGCUUUUGAAGUUGAGAAUGGACCAACUCCAUCAUCUACGCUGCCUCCACCACCGGCUGAUCUACCACAAUGCUAGAAGCUUUAAGUCGACGGCCAUGGCUUCCAAGCCGUGUCACUGUUUUUUUUUUCCUCACAUUCUAUCAUUAAUCAAUGUUUGUAGUUUGGCAUUUGGUUAAUUCGUUUGAUCGAAAAAUAAAAUUGUAAUAAAGGUAGGAGUCA